AACACGGCCAAUGCUAGGACUCUGGUCUCGCGGGCCGCAGCUGAAUGUGGCGACCCAUAUUCCCCAAUUCGCGGCAGGAAUGCCUGCUCUAGGCACAUCGCAUCUGAAAACUGGUCCAAUCGGAUAGAAGCUGAUCAGGCCAUCCCCACGGGCUUGUUAGUCCCGGAACCGCGUUCAAGUAGCAAAUGA